AUGAAUGAACAAACACCUUUACUGAAGACUAAGCAGCAAGAUCCAUGCUGUUCUUCGAUUGCUGAUAACCAACAGCCACCAGCAACAUGCUGUUCAAUAAAGAUGAACAAUGGAGCAAAUGGAAAAUCAGCGUGUUGCUUAGCCAAAAAGAAAACAAAGCCAUGUAAUGGAUUGCCACCUGUCAACGACGAAGAUUAUUGCUUUUUGGCUGAACAGAAAUGGGAAUACAAAGCCAUUGCUUUGGCAUGCGCCAUUCUACUAGCUAUUGGAAGCCAUUUUGCUGCUCAUACAUUGGGUGCCAUGAAGAAUACUAUCAAGACUGAAUUUGGUAUUAGUAACUCACAGUAUGGCGUUAUUCAGUCGAGUGUGGCGAUAGUCAACACAGUGCUGCCCGUCGUGGGUGGUAUCUUUGUCGAUGCAUUUGGCACAAUUCCCGGUGCCCUGCUAACAACAUUACUGAUUACAUCCGGCAAUGUGCUUGUUGCAUUAUCAGCUUCGUUCAAAAGUUUGUAUAUGAUGAUUUUUGGCCGUGUACUCUAUGGUAUUGGUAGUGGCACUGUCGUCAUUGUACAAGAAACAAUCCUAAGCCAGUGGUUCAGAGGACGAAGUCUGGCAGCCGUCCUGGCUUUAAUGCUCACUGUCAGCCGACUGGCAUCGUUCUGUGCCCAGGCAACCGUCAUCCCCAUUGCUAACUGGACUGGCUGGUACGGUUAUGGAUUAUGGUUUUCUGCUGGCCUCUGCAUCUUUUCCAUGGUCAUUACGCUAGUGUACAUUGCCUUGUUAAGAACAGUGUCAAGCUCUGCUGUUACAUGCCGUAAACAGUUAGAAGUCAUUAGCCGAAAGAAAUCAUUUAGCUGGUCUAAGCUCAUGUUUCUGCCUCAUUCAUUCUGGUUGAUUGCAGCUAUGGAGUUCUUACUAGGCGGUGGUUGGGGCUGCUUCUUGCACAUCAACAGUGAAUAUGUCAAAUUUAGAUUUUCAUACAGUGAUGCCCACGCUGCUGCAACAGCCAGCGUAGCGCAGAUCUUGCCUGUAGUGCUCAUGCCUUUUCUCGGUGUCUGCGUCGAUAAGUUUGGAAAGCGUACCUGGAUGAUGAUUGGAAGUGGUGCAGCCAUGCUAGCAUCCAUGCUCUUGCUUGAGUUCACCGAGACUCCUCCUUUGUUCGGCAUGCUCUUGUUUAGUAUGAGUCUAUCGCUUGGGCCAGUUGGUCUUGUGUCGUCUGUGCCUGUCAUUUUACCAUUGUCACUGGUGGGUACAGGUAUGGGUUUGAUCAAAUCAGGCACGAAUAUCGGUGCUGCUCUCUUUGAUAUUGCUACAGGUCUUCUGCAAGACGCGGACGCCCACAAGGGAUACGACGGCGUCAUCCUCUUCUUCAUCUCCAUUUCGUCUCUUGCUGUAGCAGCUGGUGUAGUGUUGCAUAUUCUUGAUCGUACCAUUUACAGAUCAGUGCUAGAUCGAUCUGCUCGUGAGGCAUAUCGCAGUGACGAAAACAAGCUCAACAAUUCUCGUCCUGCCCCACUGACACCUCUCAAGGCCAAUUACAUCUAUGGGUCAAUCUACUUUCUCUUAUGCUGCCUCAGUUGGUUUUUGUUUUUCAGGUUCAUCCUGGCAUAA